UUAUGCAUGACAAGUAGACAGAUAAAAUAUCUUAGUCUUUGACCCAAUGUUUCACCACUAUUUGCUUGAUGUUUGUGACAGCAAAAUGUGUCCACCCUUUAAAUAAAGCAAUUCUUUUUUUUAUUAUUCAUUGUGGCCAGGUAAAGACGUAUUUGUUUUCAUCUAAAACUCAGGACACUUCACAUUGUAGAAAGAUUUAGCAAAGCUGCUUGCAACAAUUAUUUUCAAACUGAGAAGAUGGAUUCAUCAACUCUAAGCUUAGAGACUAACAAACCUGUUAAGAAGAAAGGACUGAAUAAAUAUAAGAUAUUGUCUGCAGUUCUGUUGGUUGCCUUGGUAGCCAUGUCUCUUGGCUUAGGUUUAGGACUGGGACUAAAGAAAAAUGAGAACCCUGAACCAGCCCUAGUCACCUGUAGGAACCGAUGCAGUGAAGCACCGAGUGGGAGGGGUAUUGAUUGUCGUUGUGACUCUGAGUGUACCAAACAAGGAAACUGCUGUUUUGACUAUGAUGAUCUGUGUCUAAAACCAAAGGAGGUAUGGACUUGCAGCAAGCUGCGGUGUGGAGAGAGGAGAAUAUCUGGUAGCCAUUGUUCCUGCUCUAGUGAUUGCCUGACACAAGGCGAUUGUUGCACCAAUUAUAAAACAGUUUGCCAAGGUGACACAGCCUGGGCAUUAGACCCGUGUCAAGCCUCUACUGAGCCACAGUGUCCAGUUGGGUUUGAUCUACCACCAGUAAUACUUUUUUCACUGGAUGGAUUUCGAGCAGAGUACUUACAAACCUGGGAACAUCUGAUGCCAAAUAUUAGACAACUAAAGAAUUGUGGAACCCAUUCAAAAUAUAUGAGGUCCAUCUAUCCAACCAAAACUUUUCCAAAUCACUACACAAUUGUAACAGGUCUGUAUCCAGAAUCCAAUGGUAUAAUCGAUAAUAACAUGUACGAUGUCAAUAUGAACAAACACUUUUCUCUUUCUGGAAAUGAGAAAUUCAACGAGUCAUGGUGGAAUGGCCAGCCGAUCUGGUUGACAGCCAUGUAUGAAGGAUUGAAAGCUGGCACUUUCUUUUGGCCUGGAUCGGAUGUUGCUAUAAAUGGUUCUUUCCCUUCAUUAUACAAAUUAUACAACAAUUCUGUUGUAUAUGAGGAAAGAGUGUCCAACAUACUAAACUGGCUUGAUCUUCCAAGAAAUCAAAGGCCAGAUUUCUAUACAUUGUACAUCGAGGAGCCAGAUUCUUCAGGGCAUACCUACGGACCCGUUAGUGGUGGUGUAGUUGAAUCACUUCUUCUUGCUGAUAGAAUCAUGGGGAUGCUGUUGGAUGGACUAAAGCAAAGGAACCUGCAUAACUGUGUCAACCUGCUAGUGGUUGCUGAUCAUGGAAUGGAAAAAACCUUUUGCGACAAGUUAGAGUACAUGACUGAUUAUUUCAGCAACAUCAAUCUUUUCUACAUGUAUGAUGGGCCUGCUGCCAGGAUACGUGCUCGAACUGUGCCACAGGAUUACUUUACCUUUGAUUCUGCAGGAAUUGUAAAAAAUCUUACAUGUAAAAAACCUGUUCAGCACUUCAAGCCUUACUUGACUCCUGACCUUCCCAAGCGAUUCCACUAUGCUAAUAACAUUCGGAUUGACAAGGUUCAUCUCUAUGUGGAUAGGCAGUGGCUGGCUGUAAGGGACAAGACAUACACUUUUUGUGGAGGAGGAAAUCAUGGAUAUGACAAUGAAUUCAAGAGCAUGGAGGCUAUAUUUGUAGGACAUGGCCCUGGGUUUAAAAGGGGAGUGGAAGUAGAAGCUUUCGAAAACAUUGAAGUCUAUAAUUUAAUGUGUGAUUUACUGCAAAUUCACCCAGCUCCUAACAAUGGAACCCAUGGAAGCCUCAACCAUUUAUUAUCUAAACCGUUUUACACACCCACUUUUCCUCCUGAGAAAUCCAAUCCAUUAAACUGCCCCGUCUCUUCUCAAGCUCCAGAUUUAGGCUGUGCCUGUAAUUCUGCUGUAAAUGAAAGCACCAUGAAUGACAGAUUAAAUCUUGACCAGAACAGCAUUACACAAACAGAAGUGCUUAACAUGCCAUUCAGUCGACCAAAGAAUGUUCAAGAAAACAGCAGCUACUGCCUUCUUCACCAGCAUGGCUAUGUUAGUGGGUACAGCCACGACAUCUUAAUGCCACUCUGGAGUGCUUAUACAGUAGAAAAGGGAGAUGGAUCUCCGUUGCCUCCUACACUAACAGACUGUCUGAGAGCCGAUGUAAGAAUCCAGGAGGCAAAGAGCCAGAAAUGCUCAGACUACAAGCAAGACCUGAGCAUUACCCACGGCUUCCUCCAUCCUCCCAAUUUAAACAGGAGUGAAUUGGAACAGUAUGAUUCAUUGCUCACAAGUAACAUUGUUCCAAUGUACCAUGAGUUCCAAAGGAUAUGGUUUUAUCUGCAUGACAUAUUACUUCCUAAAUAUGCUUUGGAAAGGAAUGGAGUCAACGUGAUCAGUGGACCUAUAUUUGAUUAUAACUAUGAUGGCAAUGUUGAUGCUCUGAGUCAAAUAAAACAAUAUGUUCAAGACACUCAAAUCCCUAUACCAACACACUACUUUCUGGUGCUGACAAGCUGUCAAGAUGUUGCCAGUACUCCUUUGAACUGCUCCACUUCACUGGAUGUCUUGUCCUUUAUCAUCCCACACAGAAUAGAUAAUAGUGAGAGCUGUGCCGAAAAUAAGCCAGAGUCAGAGUGGGUAUUAGAAAGGCUCCAUGCACAUGCAGCACGUGUCAGAGAUGUUGAGUUACUUACCGGGCUGGACUUUUACCAAGAACAAAAGCAAUCUGUGCAGGAAAUCUUACAACUCAAAACAUUUUUGCCAACCUUUGAAACUGCUAUUAACUGAAAAACAGCACAUUGCCAGGCAUAUUUAAGGAAAUUUACCAUAUUCCAGGGCAGUUUCCAUUUAUAUUUAAAUUGUAUGUAUACACACACACAUAUCAUGGGGUCUGAUUACUAAAUGUCGAUAUGAAAACAUGCAUUAUCACCUAAAACAGAAAGUAAUAUCUCAUUUCCCAGCUGAUCAAUGUAGUCCUGCAUGAGUUCUUUAUAUGAGGUGUAACCUGUAAUCAGAUAAAAAUUUGUGAGAUUUUCAGAUAAAACAUUAUCACCUUAUUUAUCAACUUAAAUGUAGAAAAAUAUUGUAGAUAAUGCAAAUGUUAAAUUGUUGGUGAGCUGCUGAGGCUUGUACACUGACAGCAGGCUGCUAAUCCCUAUUAAUAUGUUAAUUAUGUUUGUAUACUGCAACUAAAAGAGGAGUACAAUGAAAUUAUACUGCUUUCUGGUCAUAACUCACAUUUUCUUAUUUAUAUGGAGUAAAAAUGCACAGAUUAACACAUAAUUUUAAAGGACAAAAGAGCAUCAUUAAUCAUGCAAUACCCAAAGGAAACAUAACAGUUGAUCAUUCAUUAAUUUAUCUCACACCUUAGCCACCAUAUGUGAAUAUACCCUUAUGUAUUCCAUCUCUGCAUGUGUGUAUUUAUACAUAAUGUGUGACCUGCCAACUUGUCAGUUCAACAGAAGAUAAAUUAAAGAACUAACUUACUUG